AUGAGCAACCGUCAGGAACACGAAGGCGGCGCCUCGACACUUGACUUUGUCACGGUCGAUGUCUUCACCACGCAAAGGUAUCAUGGCAACCCUCUUGCUGUUGUGCUAGUUCCUGCGGCUCUGAGCGAACGACUGCCAAAGGAAGCAAAGCAACGCAUUGCGCGUGAGUUCAACCUCUCGGAGACGGUCUUUCUGUAUGUGCCCGACUCUGCGUCGACCACCAGCAUGUCUGUCGACGGACAGAAACCCCCCUGCCGGGCCGACAUCUUCACCACGGAGACAGAGUUGCCCUUCGCAGGCCACCCGAGCAUUGGCACCGCCCACCUUAUCAUGAACCACUUGCGCUGGGACACCAACGCCCUGCAGCUCAAGGCCGGCAUCUUUCCCAUCAGCCGACUCCCAGGAAGCGAUGCGCAGUCGGAUUCGCCCGACCCGGUCCAGAUCACUGUCGCUCACGACCUGCACAUCCAUUCGCGGACAUUGGCAGACGUCUUGCAGAGUCAGGUCGAGCAUUUGGGCAGCCCCUCGCGGCAGAGAGCACACGACGCAAUUGCCGCUUCGCUGAGCUCGGACGAGACCGUUCGCGAAGCGGAGUUGAAGGCGCCUGCCGUGAGCAUCGUCAAGGGCAUGACAGCUCUGCUGGUGAAAUUGCCCAGUCUCGAACACCUGUCUCGUGUAUCGACAGCUUCUCGCUUGCAUUUCGACGAGGCUGUUCAAAGCCUUCUACUCGAUGCGGGACCAUGGGGAAGCAGCUUCUGUUACCGCUACUACUACGUCCCUAUGGACGGAAGCGACAGAGAAGCGGAAAGCGAUGGCAGGAAUGUAGACACGGAUCGCAAGUCGGUCGAGCAUAUAAGGGCGCGUAUGGUCGAGCUAGCAUCCGAGGACCCAGCUACAGGUUCUGCAGCCGUUACUCUGGGGGCUUACUUAGCCAUGCAGGAACAGGCUGUCAGAGACAUGACCAGGUUCGAGAUCACCCAGGGGGUAGAGAUGGGGAGGAAGAGCGAUAUUGUGGUCGAAGUCAAGUCGAAAUUGGAGAACGGCCUGGCCAACAUCGAGGAGAUAUCGCUCGGGGGCAGUGCCGUUGUUGUGAUGACUGGUGCUGUCCAACUCUGA